AUGGAGCUGUCCCGCCAUCAGUCAGCGACGGGUCAACGGCGACGGACGGGAAGUGUUAACAUGAGCUCCAUCAGCCGCAGAAAGGAAGACUUGUCCGAGCGGCGUGUGUCGGAGGCGCCGGUGUGUGAUGGAGAGAGAGACCCUCCCUCCAUCACGACCUCCGCCUUCAUCGCUCUCUGUCAUGUUGUUGUGCCCCGAGCCCAGAGUGAGGGAGAUGGAGAGGGAUGUCUGCCACACGGCCACCUCAGCACCAAGAAGCGUCUGGGGAGGGGGAAGGCGGACGGCGAUGGUGAUCUCUGGGAGCCAGUGGAAGAGGAGCCAGGGCCUGAUGAUGAGCAGGACCAGCAUCAGCAGCACCAGCCUGAUCAGCAGUGUGGACAGGAGCAGUGUGGACAGGAGCUGUGUGGACAGGAGCUGUGUGGACAGGAGCUGUGUGGACAGGAGCUGUGUGGACAGGAGCUGUGUGGACAGGAGCUGUGUGGACAGGAGCUGUGUGGACAGGAGCUGUGUGGACAGGAGCUGUGUGGACAGGAGCUGUGUGGACAGGAGCUGCGUGGACAGGAGCUGCGUGGACAGGAGCUGUGUGGACAGGAGCUGUGUGGACAGGAGCUGCGUGGACAGGAGCUGCGUGGACAGGAGCUGCGUGGACAGGAGCUGCGUGGACAGGAGCUGUGUGGACAGGAGCUGCGUGGACAGGAGCUGUGUGGACAGGAGCUGUGUGGACAGGAGCUGCGUGGACAGGAGCUGUGUGGACAGGAGCUGUGUGGACAGGAGCUGCGUGGACAGGAGCUGUGUGGACAGGAGCUGUGUGGACAGGAGCUGUGUGGACAGGAGCUGUGUGGACAGGAGCUGCGUGGACAGGAGCUGUGUGGACAGGAGCUGCGUGGACAGGAGCUGUGUGGACAGGAGCUGUGUGGACAGGAGCUGUGUGGACAGGAGCUGCGUGGACAGGAGCUGUGUGGACAGGAGCUGUGUGGACAGGAGCUGUGUGGACAGGAGCUGCGUGGACAGGAGCUGUGUGGACAGGAGCUGUGUGGACAGGAGCUGUGUGGACAGGAGCUGUGUGGACAGGAGCUGUGUGGACAGGAGCUGUGUGGACAGCUGUGUGGACAGGAGCUGUGUGGGACAGGAGCUGCGUGGACAGGAGCUGUUUCACUCCUCGCUCUGGCGCUGAGACGAGAUCAGAACGAGUCCAAACCAUUUGAAAAGGAGCUGCCUGUGCUUUUGUGCAGACGAGACGCUGCAUCUCCAGCAACUUCAGGAGAUACAUUUACGGCCGAGGGCUGUGGAAAAAUCUCCCUGCUUCAGCAGACAGAGGCGACGAGCGCUGGGUUGGAGAAACCCAGUACACCAGGCCCCAUUUCUCGGGCCUUGGGCGGCGGAGGCUCGGUCUGCUGA